UCCACGAUUGUAAUAAAUUACAAUACAAUAUAAGUUGCAGAUUUCACAUCGCUUGUUUGAAACACGUUUAUAUGAUGUUUUUGUUAGUGUUCAUCCUGCAUCUUGGUACCUGUCUGUGUAACACCGUGUCUUUGUACGAUGAUGCCGCCAAUAUUGUCCAGCUAACACAAAGCAACUUUAACGACGAAGUUAUUUUGGGUUACCAAGCUAUAUGGUUUGUACAGUUCUAUAACCCAGAGAAUAAGGUCUGCGUGGAAUUUGCACCAGUAUGGAAGAGGUUUUCAGAAUUGUUACAGGGUCUUCUGAGAACUGGUGUUGUCAAUGCUGAUCAAGAGAAGACAUUAGUCCAAAAAUACGAAAUAACAGAGUUCCCUACUGUCAAGAUCUUUUUAAAUCACGAAGACAAAGCCAGGGAUUAUACAGGUCUUCGUCGAGUGAAGUCUAUGCUACACGAUGUUCACAUGAAAACAACAGAACUCGUCCACGGCCGACUGACACCAGCUGAUGAUGUUCCUCGUGUCGAAUUGUGAUUAUAAUAAUCAUUUACAGCCGACGGCAGCGACACUGGCACAUCAAAACAUCAUCAUUUCGAAAUGAACAUUAUACAAUAACAACAUAUUGAUUGUUCAAGGAUCGGUUUACAUUAAGUCUAUAGCUAUUAAAAUAAAUUUUUUUUUUAAAGUUUUAAAUAUAAAGCAUUACA